CCCUCCUUCCCUGUCGCGGUAGCUUUGACAGAGCGCGAUGGCGGCGGCCGGGUCUGCAGGGUUGCCGGCGACCGUGUCGGAAAAGCAGGAGUUUUACCAGCUUCUGAAGAACCUGAUCAAUCCAAGCUGUAUGGUGCGGAGGCAAGCCGAGGAGGUCUAUGAGAAUAUCUCAGGUCUGUGUAAGACUACAUUCCUCUUAGAUGCCGUCCGAAAUAGAAGAGCAGGUUAUGAGGUGAGACAAAUGGCCGCCGCACUGCUACGACGGCUUUUGUCCUCUGGGUUUGAGGAGGUCUAUCCAAACCUACCUUCUGAAGUGCAGAGGGAUGUCAAGAUUGAACUGAUACUGGCCGUUAAGUUAGAAACACAUGCUAGCAUGAGGAAAAAGCUAUGUGAUAUUUUUGCGGUGCUGGCCAGGAAUUUGAUAGAUGAGAAUGGCGUUAACCAUUGGCCAGAAGGUCUGAAAUUCCUCAUUGAUUCGAUUCACUCUAAAAAUGUGGUUCUGUGGGAAGUUGCACUUCACGUUUUCUGGCACUUUCCUGGGAUUUUUGGGAACCAAGAUCGUCACGAUUUGGAUAUCAUCAAGAGGUUGUUGGACCAAUGUAUUCAAGAUCAAGAGCAUCCAGCAAUCAGGACAUUAUCUGCUAGAGCUGCAGCUGCGUUUGUCCUUGCUAAUGAAAACAAUAUUGCUCUUUUCAAAGACUUUGCAGAUUUGCUUCCUGGAAUCUUACAGGCUGUGAAUGAUUCCUGCUACCAGGAUGAUGAUUCAGUGCUGGAAUCCCUUGUUGAGAUUGCAGAUACUGUACCUAAGUACUUGGGUCCCCAUUUAGAAGAUACUCUGCAGUUGAGCCUGAAGUUAUGUGGAGACUCUAGGCUUAGUAAUCUGCAACGCCAGCUGGCUCUAGAAGUAAUAGUGACCUUAUCUGAAACUGCAACUCCAAUGUUGAAAAAGCAUACGAAUAUUAUUGCACAGGCUGUGCCUCAUAUAUUAGCAAUGAUGGUUGAUCUUCAAGAUGAUGAUGACUGGGUAAAUGCUGAUGAAAUGGAAGAAGAUGAUUUUGACAGCAAUGCAGUUGCUGCCGAGAGUGCGCUAGACAGACUGGCUUGUGGACUUGGUGGAAAAGUUGUUUUGCCAAUGACCAAGGAGCAUAUCAUGCAGAUGCUUCAGAGCCACGACUGGAAAUGUCGACAUGCCGGAUUAAUGGCCUUAUCAGCCAUUGGAGAAGGUUGCCAUCAGCAAAUGGAACCAAUUCUAGAUGAAACAGUUAACUCAGUUUUACUUUUUCUUCAGGAUCCUCAUCCAAGGGUAAGGGCUGCUGCCUGUACUACACUUGGACAGAUGGCUACAGAUUUUGCACCUGGUUUCCAAAAGAAAUUCCACGAAAUAGUGAUUACAGCUUUGUUGAGAACCAUGGAAAACCAAGACACACAGGAUGUGGAGAACAUGAGCGAUGAUGAUGGCUGGCAGUUUGUAAACCUCGGAGACCAGCAAAGCUUCGGAAUCAAAACUUCAGGACUUGAAGCAAAAGCAACUGCUUGCCAGAUGUUGGUUUACUAUGCUAAGGAGUUAAGAGAAGGAUUUGUGGAAUACACAGAACAAGUUGUGAAGAUGAUGGUUCCUCUGCUGAAAUUUUAUUUUCAUGACAAUGUUCGAGUGGCAGCUGCAGAAGCCAUGCCCUUUCUCUUGGAAUGUGCAAGAAUCCGUGGCUCAGAGUAUCUUUCACAGAUGUGGCAGUUUAUAUGUGAUCCCUUAAUCAAGGCAAUUGGAACCGAACCUGAUACAGAUGUGCUCUCAGAAAUAAUGAAUUCUUUUGCCAAGUCCAUUGAGGUAAUGGGAGAUGGUUGUCUCAACGAUGAACACUUGGAAGAACUGGGAGGAAUUUUGAAGGCAAAGCUUGAAGGGCACUUUAAAAACCAAGAGUUACGGCAAGUAAAAAGGCAAGAAGAAAAUUAUGACCAACAGGUUGAAAUGUCUCUUCAGGAUGAGGAUGAAUGUGAUGUUUAUAUUCUGACCAAAGUAUCAGAUAUUUUGCACUCAUUAUUUAGCACUUACAAGGAAAAAAUUUUACCCUGGUUUGAACAGCUACUCCCAUUAAUUGUAAAUCUAAUUUGUUCAAGUAGGCCAUGGCCAGACAGACAGUGGGGGCUAUGCAUAUUUGAUGACAUCAUAGAGCACUGCAGUCCAACCUCAUUCAAAUAUGUUGAGUAUUUUCGGUGGCCGAUGCUUCUCAAUAUGCGAGACAACAACCCUGAGGUGAGGCAAGCCGCUGCGUACGGACUGGGAGUGAUGGCCCAGUUUGGUGGAGAUGAUUAUCGUUCUUUGUGUUCAGAAGCCGUUCCACUCUUGGUAAAAGUUAUUAAGUGUGCAAAUUCCAAAACCAAAAAAAAUGUGAUUGCUACAGAGAACUGUAUCUCAGCAAUCGGGAAGAUUAUGAAGUUUAAGCCCAACUGUGUAAACGUGGAUGAAGUUCUCCCACACUGGCUAUCUUGGCUUCCGCUGCAUGAAGAUAAGGAAGAAGCUAUUCAGACUUUGAAUUUUCUCUGUGACCUAAUUGAAAGUAACCACCCAGUUGUGAUUGGUCCGAAUAAUUCCAAUCUUCCCAAAAUCAUCAGUAUAAUUGCAGAAGGAAAACUUAAUGAAACGAUUAGCCAUGAAGACCCCUGUGCCAAACGCCUAGCUGAUGUUGUCCGUCAGAUACAGACUUCUGAAGAAUUAUGGUUGGAGUGCACAUCCCAACUCGAUGAUGAACAGCAGGAAGCUUUACAAGAGUUACUCAGUUUUGCUUGAAGCAGUUUAAUACCAUCUAUCAUAAAAGUAGCUACAAAGUGUUGUGAGUGGAUUCAUUACAAAUGAGAGAUAUACUAUUUCUCUUUGCUAAGCAGUUCAUACUUCCGUGUCUCUCCAGGAUUAGUGUUAAGGUCUUCUGUUUACUUUGCACGUGUCACCUCUUUAACUGUGGUUGUAGCUUAUGCUUCCAGUUGUCCUAGAGUUAUUUGUCACCUUCCCCCUAUUUAGUGUGAAAUGUAUAAAUUGUUAUUUGAACUAUUGAUGCUGGGCAGAGAGUAUACUUGGUGCCAAGAUGUCUUUGUUGUCACAAGAUGCAAAAAGCUCACAAAGAAAGGGAGAUUUCCAGGAUAAACAUUUCUGGAACUGAGGGUGAAGAACACAGUGGCAGACUUGUUCUUCUUUGGUAAUACUUCUGUUUUUACAGUGAGGGAAGGAUGCUAGAACUGAGCGUGUCAAGGUACUGCAGUGGAUGUAGGAGUUGUUUUUUACAAUAUAAAUGAAUGAAUCUUUUCAUAUGGUACUCCUGAAAAGUGGUUAUAGCACGUCUAAAUUCCAGUUCCUAAAGUGUCCAGCUGAGAGUUAGAAGAAUUUUUAAAUCUCCUUAACCAAACUGGUCUUAAAAAAUUAUCUAGAACUGAAACCUUCAUGGGCGUGGAGGAGGAAGUACUGAGGAGACAUUUAACAUUGAAAGCUUUUGACAGACUAUAACAGUGUAAUAAAUACUAAAUAGUGUUUGUGGGAGUCAGGUAUUGUUACAUGUUUUGGCCAAGUAUUAUUUUGUGUUUGUAUGUCAUAUCCCCGUUACCCCCAUUUCAAACAUUAAAGGAAACCCUUAUUCAGAAUGAGGGUUAAAUAGAGUUCUGUUUUGAAGCAGUUUCUAACAGAUUCUACAGAAACAGUGAAACAAAAUGUUAUCCUUAAACAUUAAAAAGAAAAGAGCUUUAAGACUAGUCAUAUAUCGGUGUAUGUAUAUUACAAAACAGCUAUCAAUUUAGGGUUAAUUAAAUGGAAUGUCUUUAAUGAUGAAGGGUUUUUUUUUUUU